AUGCGCCAAGGUUGUGAAGCCUUUAUUUAUCUUAUUAUAAACGGUGAAGGAAAUGCGUUAGAAAUUAGUCGAAUGAACAACAUCCAUAACCACGCAUUAUCUGAAGUGUUAUUUAAUCAUUUACCUAACCAAUGAAAAAUGAAUACACAAAGUAAGUCAGAAGUACUUGAAUUGAUGCAAUUAAGAGCAAAUAAAAAAUUAAUUCAACAUACCAUGCAAAUAAAAACUGGUAAAAGUAUAACCCUCAAGGAUCUUUCAAACAUAUAUAGUACAGGUAAAACAAAAAAAAAUUUAAUCAGUGUAUACAAAAAUGUUCAAAAACUAAGACAUAAGCAUAACUGUACUGUUGAAAUUUCAGUUGAUAGUGAAGAAAAUUUAGUUGGCUUGUUUAUUCAGGAUUCAAUGAUGCAAAACAUAUUUGAAGCUUUUCCAGAGGUUGUAUUUGCUGAUGCAACAUACAAAUUGAAUAAUUUGAGAAUACCAUUGUAUGUCUUAAUGGUUGAAGAUGGAAAUGGGGAAAGUGAAGUAGCGGCUUUAGGUUUAAUGACAAAUGAAGAGAAAGACACAUUACGUUGGUUUUUCGAGACAUUUAAAAAUUUUAAUAGUAGUAGUGAAAAUAUAAAAAUGUUUAUGACCGAUAAAGAUAUGACCGAAAGACAAGUAAUUAAAGAAAUCUUUCCUAAUGUUAGUUUAGCUAUAUGUCCUUUUCACGUGUUAAGGACAUUUAAUCGUGAAAUUACUUGUGAAAAAUAA